AUGCCGCGGCCCUCCGCCUCCGAAACCGCCUCCCGCUUCGCCGCCCACUGGGUCGCCGACGCCCUCGCCGCCGACGAUGCCCUCGACUUCUCCUCCCUUAUGGCGCUGCUGGACGCCACGCCGGAGUCCCUCGCCGGCGCCCCGGCGUCCGUGUCGGAGUGGGUGGCUCUCCGGUGCCUGCAGGAGCUCUCUGCUGCCACCUCCACCGGGGAUGGGCCCACGGCGUCGCGGGCGCCGGCGGGGGUGCUUAGGGUUGACAUCACUCGCUCUUGCGAGGACUUGCUGCUUCAGAUCAUUGGGAAGGUCGGAACCUCGGGAAGUUUGAGGAAGGAUAUGCUUCCAGCUUUUAGUCAAGAUAUCCAAAACAUUAUAUGCAUCAAGAAGCCUAGAUUACCAGAAACAUGUUUUGAGUUGCUCAGAGAAGUGGACCCAGAAAUUGCUUGCAUGGCCUUACCUUCCCCAUUGGAGCAGAAUGGUGACAACUCACAUGAUCGUUUAAAUAUAGAGGAGCCUCGAUUGCCUACAGAUAAUGCUAUACAUCUGGUAGAAGACUUGGCAAAUUUAGCCGAUCAGACAUACAAAGAAAAUAUCAUGAAGGAAUUAAGUGAACCAACUUCUGAUCUUCAGCAACCAUGUAUAUCAGACACCAUAAUUCCACGGGUGGAUAGCAACAAAACUCAUCCGAGUUCUCCACAAAAUGACCGUGGUGAGAAAGCAAACCAAGAUCUUGAGUAUGAAGGUACAAGCAUUCAGCGAGUGGAAAAGGAUUCAGUUCAUGAGAAACUGGCUCCGCGCGAUGGCAGCGUUUUACCUUCUGUAAGUUGCAAUGAUGCUAUUCAAGGAGAUAAAUCAGAAACCAACCAUCUGUUAGGGAAAAGUAAAGAACAUGCAGCGUUAUAUGAACAGCCGAAUAAUGGUAACUGUCACCUGAAAGUCUGUUGUGCCGACAAAGUUAAUCAAUCUAUAUGUAGAGAUGGCGGCAGUCUUGAAAAGAAUAUUGCGGCCAUUGGGGGCCUGAGUGCGCACAGUGCUUCAGGGCCUUGCAGCUGGAGUGUAACCUUGCAUAAUAGAAUUUCAGAGGGCAAUUAUUUAUCCGAGCAGAAUAAUGCGAAGAGAACCACUGAUGUUCAGAAACUCAGUUGCAGUAUACCUGCCCCAAUCCCUCCUCGGGAUGGGGAUGGAAGAAGAGCAAAACAAAUAUCAAACAAGGAAACUCUUGCAAACACUGUGGUGGAAACAUCACACGCCCACUCCUCAGAUGAUAGUUUAAGUGGUUCUGCCGACGAAAUGUCAUUCUGUAUCAAGGAUCAAGGCACAAAUAGCUCGCCCAGGGGCUGUUCAGAAAAAGAUUUGUGCAUUAAAUGCGGCAAAUAUGGUCAGUUGCUGAAAUGUAGCAGCUGCUUGUUAGCCGCUCACAAGAGUUGUUUUGGUCCAUCGGUGACUUUUGUAGACUCUGGCAAGUUUUGUUGCCCAGUAUGCUUCUAUACUAAAGCUACUGAAGCAUAUAAAGAAGCAAAGAAAACAUAUUGUGAAGCUAGGAAGAACCUUGCUGCUUUCCUUGGCUCACAGCAAUUGAUCAAUCAACACGACGAACAACUGCCUGAAGUGCUGCCAAGAGUUUCCCCCAGCAAGGGUCAUUUGAAUGGGUGCAAUUUGGUGAAACGGAAAAAUAGCCAGCAAAUUGAUAUGCAUAGGCUUGCUUGUUUAGAUGAAAAGGCUGAUCAGCACAGAAAGAAACAGAAAACAAAUGCUACAGUUGAUGCUUGUCAUGAGAAAGCAGUCACUGGAAAGGCUCCUUCUGAUGCACAGAAAGAGCAAGAAGUGGAAAUCACAGAAACUCGUGAAGAAUCUGGCAACAAGAAUUCAUGUGACAGAAUGAGAAUUACAUCUCAUGAAAAAUGCGGCCCUUCUGCUACAAAUCAGGAACUUAAGGCUGACAAAGAGGAUAGUCUUAAAAAUUGUAACCAAGGUGAUGGUGAAACAGAAGCUAUAUCUUCAAAAAGUGAUAUGCAUAGGCUUGCUUGUUCAGAUGAAAAGGCUGAUCAGCACAGAAAGAAACAGAAAACAAAUGCUACAGUUGAUGCUUGUCAUGAGAAAGCAGUCACUGGACAGGCUCCUUCUGAUGUACAGAAAGAGCAAGAAGUGGAAAUCACAGAAACUCAUGAAGAAUCUGGCAACAAGAAUUCAUGUGACGGAAUGAGAAUUACAUCUCAUGAAAAAUGCGGCCCUUCUGCUACAAAUCAGGGAUGUAAGGCUGACAAAGAGGAUAGUCUUAAAAAUUGUAACCAAGGUGAUGGUGAAACAGAAGCUAUAUCUUCAAAAAGUGAUAUGCAUAGGCUUGCUUGUUCAGAUGAAAAGGCUGAUCAGCACAGAAAGAAACAGAAAACAAAUGCUACAGUUGAUGCUUGUCAUGAGAAAGCAGUCACUGGAAAGGCUCCUUCUGAUGCACAGAAAGAGCAAGAAGUGGAAAUCACAGAAACUCGUGAAGAAUCUGGCAACGAGAAUUCAUGUGACGGAAUGAGAAUUGCAUCUCAUGAAAAAUGCGGCCCUUCUGCUACAAAUCAGGAACGCAAGGCUGACAAAGAGGAUAGUCUUAAAAAUUAUAACCAAGGUUAUGGUGAAACAGAAGCUAUAUCUUCAAAUGACUCUGGCCAGCGAUCAUUACUCCCUUUGCGUAACAGGAGACACCACGAAGCAAGAUUGCAAGAAAGGGAGACACCUGUAUCAUGUAAUUCAGGAAAAGCUACUGUGCAGCAGGGUCAACACAUGCCUUCACCAUCAAGAAAAAGAAAAUAUGCAUAUCCAAUCAACCAUCGUUCCGAUAUGGUCGCACCAACUGGAAGGCGCUCGAAGCUCUCUUGGACGGAUGAAGAAGUAGCAGCUUUGAGGGAAGCAAUGGAGAAAUUUAACCCACGAGACAACAGGCCAGUUCCAUGGGUUCAAAUACUAGAAUACGGUAGGGAUGUGUUUCACCGUGCACGCCUCCCAUGUGACUUGAGGGUCAAAUGGAGGAAUAUGAUGAAGAAAACAGGUUCCUGACACUGGCAAGAUUAUGUCUUUUGUAGCCAUAUUCUCAUGUUGUUUGGCAGUGGCUCCUCCCAGUUCUUUUCGGAGACAUGUCUGUCAUUGUGAUAGUUAUUCACACUUGUUACUGUUUCGUGCACGGACUAAACAUGUUUAUAUCUCCCAGAUUU